GCGUGUCACAGACAAGAUUUCCGGGGGAUCUCAUUACGUGUCACGUUCUCAUAGACUCAACAGAAGGAACGUAUCAGAAUCACUCCAAUGUCUUCGUGCAGAAAGAAAUCAAAGAUAGCAAAAGCAACGAUUUCAACCGCCUUGCCGCAUUCCGUCUCGCCACUGAUUUGAGUCCAAUCCUGUCCCUGGUCGGUCUGUGAUCGAAGCUCAAGUCCCACUCGAUAUAAUUCAGCACAGCUCGAAUUAUAUCGCUGCAGUUGAUUGCAUUUGAAGCUUUAGGAGGGUGGGUGCUGGGACUGCCGGCCCAGAAUUUGUAAUCGUCGAGAGUUUGCUUGACUCGUCGCCGCCACUGCUCUCAGUGACUGAAGCUGGCGAUAUAUAUUCCGCGCAGGCUGGACCGGACGCACUGCGGGCAUCGGCAAGGUAGGAGUUGAGUGUGCAGGAUGCAAGGAGAGCAUGCCAUUUCGUGGCCGGAAGCUGUCAAGAUUCGUCGUCACGAAACGGGUCACUUGGAUUCUUUUCACUGGCGUCAUGACGUACCAAGCGGCGUUGUGGUGGGCGACGAACAAUUUUUGAAAAGGGGCGUGUUUUGGAGUCGUCCGUCUACCCACGAUGAGGAGGAAGCGGAGGAGCUGUAUGGAGGAGGGCGAAGGCACAGGCUCAGGCCCAGGCAAGUCGAAGCUGAGCAUGUUAAUGCCGAAGAGAAAAUGGAGCCAUGUGGAUGUGGGGACGAGGGGUAUUGUCGUGCCAUGUGUGGGAUGGCGUCCUCGGACUCUCUCGAAAUGGACAGCCAUAACUCGGCCCACAGCCGGUGCGCGCUUUGCAGGCUACAAUUCCCGACCCGCACGGCGCCCGAGAAACAUUUGUCGAGCGAUGCAGGAUCUCGCAAUUUCUGUCCCCUGUGCGAGUUGGACUUUCCUUGCAAACAGGCUCUAAGAGUUCAUGUCUGCAGUAGUAUCCUCAACAGGAGCAGCAGCCGCCGCCGCCCUUCUGAUGCUGUUGAUGAAUUAGUUGGAGUCACUGCUAACCUCAAUGACCUGCCCGCGAGUCUCGGAGAGAUCGAGUGCGAUUGCUGCCCGUCCAGAGCCAGUUCGAGCCCGGAAGUGCAACUCCAAUCACAGCGUGACCAGAUCAGGUGCGAUCCUUGCAAGCAGGUUUUCUGCUCCCGAAAGUCUCUGGUCGAUCACUUGAAAGAGUUGCCUCGGCACACGCUCUGCUCCCGCUGUGAAACUGACUUCCAAUCCGAGCACGAGCCCAGCGACCAUCGUCGGUCGUACCACGAGGAGUUAGGCCAGGGUUACGAUGAGGAGCAAGAGGAAGACCAGGACGACGACGUUUGCUGCUACCUUUGCAUCGAGCCAUUUGACUCCGUUCUGGAUAAGGUGUGGCAUGAAUACGAUCAGCACCUAAAUUGCUCGGCGUGCUUCAGAAUUUUCGCCUCGAGGAAGGCGUUCGACGCACAUUUGUCCAGCAGCAAAGGGCACAAUUUCUGCUUCGAAUGUAAUAUGAAUUUCCCUUUUCGAGAGCAAUUGGUACAGCAUCGACGGUGCACGGAGCACAAGGUUCCCUUCAAUUGCCUUCCGAGAAUGAGCGACGAGGGAGUGAAGAAGAAAGUGUACGUUUGUAACAAAUGCCACGACUACGAAGGAGACGACAUAUUUAUGAAAUUUGCUUCGGAGCAAGAGCUGCAGAACCACAUUGACACCAUGCACAACACUUGCCUGAGGUGCGACCAGGAUUUCAACUCCCAAGAAGCUCUAACACAACAUAUUCUCCAGUCAGAGCGACAUCAUUUCUGUCGUGAAUGUGACUACGACUUUCCCUCGAAGCAAGCCUUUGAUAUGCAUUGCAGAACAGGACUUCACAUGGACUGAACAUUUUUCAAUCGCAUCGCUCUUGUACUUUCUAGAACCUGAUCUGCUCAAUCCCAUCCCGACCGUUAUGGACUGUCAAAGAACCGCCCGUUCGGUUUAAGUUUAAAUUUUUGUGGGUCCUCUCGGUGAUUCGUUGUUCAUCUUGGAAACUUGCCAACCGAGAGCCAAUCUCGAUUCGUUCACGAAAAGAGCCGAAUUUUCGGACUCGGGUUUCGUUCUACGCUGCGGGUCUGAAGAUGAUCUGCGACCGAGAAAGUUAUGAUGUGUGGAUUUUCAUGCAGUGGCUCUGCAUUCGCUUUGGACAAUGGAUGUCGAGCUGAUCAAUCCAGCUAUUUAUUACACAUAGGCACCAUUUGGACGAGAUCUCCGGCGGCUACAGGAUGGUUAGCUCGAGUCUCUCUAGGAUGCGUGCGUGAGGUGGUGUUCUAGAUGUGCGUUUGGCGUAUAUGAAAUCACAGAUGUCGAGGAGGUACUUUAAAAUGGAGAUAAUUGGAUUUGAGCAGAAUUUGCUGCCUGGUAGUAAGGAAAGAAGUUCCGAGCAGGUGUAUCACCAUCAGUUACAGUGUGCGAAUUUCGUGCAUGACAGAGGAUUGAGGAAAUCAAUUGUAUAUACGCAUCAUCUAUUUUUUCCCCAGUGGAUUAGAGAUAAAUUGUGCUUGGAAUAUUGUACAGCGUCGAUGUGGCAAACAUGAUUCCCACGGGUUAUUCUACUGUGGCAGGUAAUUUGUGAGGAGUAGAUAGACUUAUACUCAUUCAAAACCGUGCAAAUCACAGCUUCAAUCGCAGUUACAAGAACAAAUUCAGAAUCCUCCAACGAGUUUUCUCUCUUGUCUUUCGCAUGGACUCUUCGAAGUUGCUUCAGCUUUGAAACGUGUUUGCAAUCCUAGAUUGUUGAAUUACUGUAUUACGCUUAGAAAUAUAGUGCUCUAGAAAUGGCAAUAGAACAAUUCGACCGUCUAGUACAGACAUGGACCUUGCACGUUCGCUCUGAAUACUUACUUCGCGCGGAAAUAAACUUUGCAGCAGGAUCUAAAUUCUCAAUAGGAAUAUGCCACAUUUAGUAUCCAGAAAGAUGUUAGAUUUAAUAUUGAGUAUUCCCUACAUAUCAAUCAUAGUUGAUUGAUUGAUAGUGACCCACUUCUCAUUCGC